AGACGAUAUAGAAUAGCCGCGGUUGAAGGCAUGAACGAGAUUGGCGAAAACAAAGAUGCGGUCUAAGCAAACGUCAAGGAGCAAAAAGGAAACGAGAAAGUUUAAAGUAUUUUAUCGUUGCUCGUGCUGCUUCUGUGUCGAGUAGCUCGCUAUUUCUCUCUUCUUCUCUUACGAUAUUCCACCGCUUCGUAAGAAGGAGAUAUCGCAGUUAACUUGCUCACGGAUAUCCGCAUUGUUUCGCGUCAACCAGCUAACUCAGCUGACCUAUAUUGGCUAGGUACCAAGCAAAAUGAAAUAUCGAGCCACUCGAUGUUCAUCUGCGGAAAAUCACUCGCGAUUCCUACAGAGAGACUCGUCGUCGUCGUCGUCAUCGCCGUCGUCGUCGUCGUCGUCGUCGUCGUCGUCGUCGUCAACAACAUCGUCAUCGUCGCUAUCAAAACCGAUUUCGUCGAAAUGAGGGACCAUCCGUCGCGCCUUUUCUCCGAUACGAGACCGGACGCGUAGAAAUGCCAGAAUGAGAGGAGUGGCGUUUCUGGGGACGAUCAGAUCGGUUCGCGGAACUUUCCUGAGGACGCUCGUCUUCGUCUUCAUGGCAACGUUCCUGUGGCUUCAAAUCCAUGUGAUCAGCCUGACCGGUCGAGACUCCUCCGGGCAAGCUUCGUCAAACGAGACGCUGUUCGCCCUCGUACCGCAAGAAUUACAUAGGUUUCUGAAAGAUCGUCGAAAUGGUUCUUCCUCGACGUUAAUGAACGCAAGCACGGAAAUGUUAACCGAGUUCGAAAUAGCGGAAAUUCGUCGUAACAUAGAAAAAGCGAACAACGAGCAAAGAGUGUACAACGAGGAGUCGUUCGGUCCGUUGGCUAGCGACGCUCCUAUAAUAGUGAUUCAGGUGCACACGAGACUCACCUACCUCAGACACCUGAUAGUGUCGUUGGCCCAAGCGAAAGGGAUCGAGCAAACCCUUUUGGUCUUCAGUCACGACGUCUGGCAUCCGGACAUCAAUUAUCUCGUACAGAGUGUCGACUUUUGUCGCGUCAUGCAAAUAUUUUAUCCCCACAGCAUACAAACUCAUCCACGAAGUUUUCCAGGCGAAGAUCCGAACGAUUGUCCUCGAAACAUACGAAAAGAACAAGCUCUCAAUCUUGGUUGCAUCAAUGCCAAGCAUCCGGAUCUGUAUGGACACUAUAGAGAAGCAAAAUUUACGCAGACGAAACAUCAUUGGUGGUGGAAAGCAAAUCGCGUCUUCGAUCAAUUGUCCAUUACCAAGAAUCAUACCGGUAUGGUUCUCUUUCUCGAGGAGGAUCAUUACGUUGCCGAGGAUUUCCUACACGUUCUUAGGCUGAUGGAACGUACCUGUAAACACACCUGUAAAAGAUGCAACGUCCUAUCCUUGGGCACCUAUCUCAAAACUUAUAAUUAUUUUGCCGACUUCAGCCGAAAGUUCCUUGGCGUCAACAGCGCCCUCCAAAAGGAACUACUACGUGGAUUAAAGAGAUGGGAGACAUCGACGAGGCAACAUUCAGCAAAAGCCGAAGACAUCGUUGGCAGCGGCGGUGGAAGAAUCGGUAUAUUUCCGAGCACCAGCAGCAGUGGCAGCAGCAGCAGCAGCAGCAGCACCAGCAGCACCAGCAAUAGCACUCCUACGGGAAUGAGCAACGGCAGGAACAACACCGUUACUGGAAAUAGCAUCAAUAGCAGCACUGGCGCUGCCGCCUUCGUGUCCGUGGCACGGAACGUACAGACAAUGCAAUCCGCCUCCGCAUGGGCUUUCCAGCUCCUACCCGAACUCUACAAUCAUUAUCAAAAGGCUGAAGUGAUCCCUUGGAUCUCGAGCAAGCAUAACAUGGGUAUGGCGUUCAAUCGUGUCACGUGGAACAAAUUGAGAAAGUGUGCCGCUCAAUUUUGCUCGUACGAUGAUUACAAUUGGGAUUGGAGCCUUCAACAUAUCGCGCAAACUUGUCUGCCUCCCAGUAAAGGACCUGGAAUCGCGCCUCGUACGGAAUCCGGUUUGAUCACGAUGAUGAUGAGAGCGCCUAGGGUUUUUCACAUCGGAGAAUGCGGAGUCCAUCAUAAGAAGACCAAUUGUGAAUCGACCGCUGUGAUAGCAAAGGUUCAAAACAUUCUAAAAGCUGCCCAAGAACAUCUUUUUCCUACUCAAUUGACACUUACUGUAGCUGGUACUGCGAAAAAGACGAAACUUAGAAAAGGUAACGGCGGAUGGGGCGACACACGGGAUCAUCGGCUUUGUUGGAACAUUACUGUUUAUCCGGAUCUCGUUUUACCGUGAGAUCAAAUCUCUCCACCGUUUAACUUCCCUUUUCAAUUUCUUCUUUUUUUCUCCAUUAUCUCUUUUAUCUCCUUGCCUAUUUCCUUCUGCCCUCCCACUUCCCCUCCUGUUUCUUCUUUGUCCCAAUUGUUCCAAAAUCUCGUGUGUCUCGCUCCCAUCCCAUUUUUAUCCUUGCAUCGUUCAUUGUUUUAUCUCUAAUGAAACAUGCUCGUUUCCAAGAAGCAAGUUCCUUCGCGUCGACGAGUUAUCGAUAUCGAUAUCCUACAAUUUGUUAUUGAAGUGUAUAAUAUCCUUAGCAGCGUACUUACUUUUUAUGUUCGUACUAAACUUAGCAAUCGAUUAUUGCGAUGAAAACGAGAAGCACGUUUUGCGUUUAUCUCUCAGCUUUUUAACGAACUUGACCAGUUGGCGAACUCUCAAAAAAUUUUUGCAUAUAGAGAAACACGCUUGUCACAUACUCUAGUCAUUGUAUGCAAUAUGAUAAAUGGAUAUUAUUAUCGAUAUCUGUUUACAAAUUUGUUAACCAAUUCAAAUAUUGGUAAAAAGAAACUACGAGACCAGCAACAUACUCCGCUCGAGAUGAUCCAGAUUUAUAAA